GUUUGUUGAUUGUGUUUGUGAGUUUUCUUGUUUUGUUUUUUGGAUUCUCCAGUUUUGCAACAACGGCACACUUUUGCAAACAAACAUGCCACGAGAAGGAUUUGCCUAUGGUCUGCUUCUGCUGAUCGGCGUAAUGUGCCACGUCCAGUUGGCACAAGCAGUCGACGCUUGCACCGCGUGCACUUGUUCUGCAACCAAAGUCGAUUGCACUGGCAAAUCUCUCACCGCCAUUCCAACCGGAAUCCCAGGUACCACAAAAGAACUGUAUCUGACGAAUAACCUGGUCACCGACAUUUCUGCAACCGCAUUCACCGGCCUGAGCGCGCUGACGCGAUUGGAUUUGCAACAAAACCGGAUCACCAGCAUUUCUGCCAACGCAUUCACCGGCCUGACUGCGCUGACCAUAUUGAAUCUGGGCUCCAACCGGCUCCCCAGCAUUUCCGCAAACACAUUCACAGGCCUGACUGGGCUGAGUACCACAUUAGAUCUAUCGAGCAACCUGAUCACGGCCAUUGCCAUAAACGCGUUCGCGGGCCUGCCUGCGCUGCAGUCCUUAUCUCUGCAACUCAACCAGCUCAGCAGCAUUCCUGUAGGAGCAUUCUCAGGGCUCCCUGCGCUGACCCAAUUGGGUGCGCAUCGCAACCUGUUCACCAGCAUUCCCGUAGACGCACUUUCUAGCCUGACUGCGCUAAAGUCACUAUAUUUGUGGGGGAACCAGAUUACCAGCAUUCCUUCAUCUGCAUUCAGCAGCAUGCCUGCGCUAAUGCUCUUGCAACUGCAGUCCAAUGCAAUCACAAACAUUCCCGCCAACGCAUUCACCGGCUUGACUACGCUGUUUUCCAUGCGACUCGACAACAACCAGCUCACCAGCAUUUCUGCAAACACAUUCAUAGGCCUGACUGCGAUGACAGCAGUGGCUUUGAAUGGCAAUGCCUUCACCACUUUGCCGCCCGGUUUGUUCAAGGGUCUGCGAAAUGGCCUGUAUUUGGCGGACCCUUCAUCCUUUGCCCUGAGCCCCAACAACUUUACCUUUGGUGGGAACAAUGUCGCUCCGCCCAGCACAUACGGCAGUGCAGCCACUCCAAGACAGUGCGAUACAGCCUGCGCUACCUGCUAUGCUGCUGGGUCUGGUGCGUGUUGCGGGAUUAAUUGUCUGAUUUGUAAUUCGUCCGAUCCCUGUACCGAGUGCUACGAUGGUUUUGUGAUGCUGAGUGGAUCCUGUGUUUCGCUCGCUUCCAUCGCCUCCAUCGCGUCCACGCAAUCUGCCUCGGCUGCCUCUGUUGCUUCCAUCGCUUCGGUCGCAUCCACACAAUCUGCCUCAGCUGCCUCUGUUGCUUCCAUCGCUUCGGUCGCGUCCACAAAAUCUGCCUCGGCUGCCUCUGUUGCUUCCAUCGCUUCGGUCGCGUCCACACAAUCUGCCUCGGCUGCCUCGAUUGCAUCCGAUGCAUCCGCUGCAUCGACGCUGUCGGCGUCCUUUGCUUCACUCGCUACGGCAUCUUCUGCCUCUAUCGCAUCUGCUGCAAGCGCGUCGUUUGCCUCUGCUGCUUCCGAUGUUUCUGCUACUUUGGCAUCUGCUGCUUCCCGCGCUGCUGCGUCAUCCGCGUCAAUCGCAUCACAAAUGUCCGCAUCAGCCGCCUCCGAUGCUUCCGCUAUUUCGGCCUCCGUUGCUUCCCUUGCUACUGCGGCUUCUGCAUCUCAGGCGUCUGCAUCUGUCGCCUCUGAUGUUUCCGCUGCCUCGGCGUCCCUUGCUUCCAUCGCGUCUGCAUCUUCAGCUUCCAUUGCUUCACUCGCUGCAGCAUCUUCAGCGUCAAUUGCAUCUGCUGCCAGCGCGUCGUACGCAUCUCUCGCUUCAGACGUUUCCGCCACCUCGGCGUCCUUUGCUUCUCUCGCUGCUGCGUCCUCUGCUUCAAUUGCCUCACAGGCGUCCGCAUCAGCCGCCAGUGCUUCAUCUGCAUGGCAGACGUCUGCUGCAUCUGCUGCGUCGAAUGCUCCAAAAAGUUCAAGUGACUCAGAUUCAUGGCCGAUUAUUCUCGGAGUCAUUCUUGGCCUGUUAGCCCUCAUCUUGUUGGCUGCGCUGGUUGUGGCUCUUCGGCGUCGCCGCUCACCAAAGGCAUUGGCCACCACCAGCACGGCCACCAAACUGCGCGAAUCCGCAACCGGCUCAGAGCCGACUUACCAGUCGGUUGAUUCCAGCAACACUGUGUCCAACGUUGUGAAUCCAACCUAUGCAGCAUUGUCUGGCACUGACAACCAUGCUCUGUAUGAAGAUGUUAGCUCAGCGCGCCUGGCCCCUGUCGGUGCGUCGGAACAGGUGUAUGCCGAAGCAUCCAGUACAACACAACCGUCAGGUAGCAGUGGCAUCGAGUACGCCGAUCCUUCGCUGCCCAGCGCCUCAUCCGUUCGUGCGCAGUCCGCGUCCUCACCAACUUUUUAUGCGACGGUAGCUGCUGUACCAUCCGAGCAGACCUACGAAGCUGUGUCUGCAACUGGCGCGGAUACUUUGUACGAAGAUGCCGGCUCAAAGCCCCAGGCUCCUGUUGGUUUAUCGGAACUGCAGGAUACUGACGCAGCCGUGUCUGCAUCCGGUGUCGAGUACGCCAAUCCUUCGCUGCCCGAUCCCUCGUCUGUUCGUGUGCCAACCGCGUCCUCACCAACUUCUUACGCGACGGUCGCUGUUGCCCCUUCCACGCAGACCGGGAAUGUCGACUACGCGUCUAUGGCAAACUAGCAAUCGAGCGGUGUUGCAUUGCGCUGUUCGACAUGUCUUCCAGAUUUGCAUGUUCUGAAAUUCGAUUGUUCCAAUACCCAAUUCAAUAGUUUGACAGAAAUGAACAUUCAAU